ACUCCAACCCCGUGGAGAUGGAAAUGUCUGGAAAUGAGGACUACAAUGCCCUGGUCAAGGAGUGGGUAGACUGCUUUAUAGGACGACAAGUACACUAUAAAGAACGCAAACGGCAUAUUGGAAAAGUCCCACCCUUGCUCUUAAAAGGUGAAAAGGGUCGAAUAAACCGUGAGUACUAUGAGCCUAAAGUGGUUUCACUUGGCCCGUAUCAUCAUAACCGAGCUGAACUAGCUCAAGCGGAGAAAUACAAGCUCACAACACUCGACGUGUUUCGGUUAACCCGGAAUUUGUCCGUUGACUCGCUUCACAACAAGGUGUCUUGGGCGGCACAGUUUGCUAGGGAAUGUUAUAUUCCCGGUUCAACUGAUGAUUACAACGAUGAGGUGUUUAUUCAGAUGAUGACACUUGACGGUUGCUUCAUUUUGUUCUUUAUAGAGUGCAUAUCCAUGGAAAGAAAUAUGCUGUUGUUGAAUAACGAGUUUUUGGGUGCAUUGGGGUUCGCCAAUAUAGUGCGUGACAUGUUCUUGCUCGAGAACCAAAUCCCUUUUGUAAUUCUUAAAGUUCUGUUGGAUUUUGCGCACCCGGCAGAUAAAGGUGAAGGGAUACUAAACAGGUUCUUUAACUACUUAAACUGUGGCGAGGUGAUGAUGAGGCCAGAGGAAAAAGUACUCGAGAACAAGCAACCACCCCUUCAUCUUCUUGAACUUUAUAGGUCAUAUUUCAUCUCACUUUCGACUUCUACUCCUAAUAAUCCUGUUUCAACAACUAACAAGUCUUAUUCCAAAUGGCAAAUAUGGGCUAACAAAAUGGCCAAUGUGCAUUUGGAUGAUAAUAACAAUGUAAAGCGAGCUGUUAAAAUAAAUAAAAUAAAAAACUAUGUAGAGCGAAAUCGGGCGUUUCUUUCAGUUAAGGAACUUAAAAGUAAAGGGAUUUUUUUGAAACCCAGUUCAUCAAAUGAAGACAUCAAGUUUCACUCGCGUGGUUGCUACGGUGUGCUUAAGCUUCUGCGUAGAGCGGUGUACUCAAGUUCAAAAGUUUUAUACAUGAACAUGAUUGCUUACGAGAUGUGUCCUCAUAACCCAAAUGAUUUCCGUGUUUCAACAUAUAUCAGAAUCAUGAAAUCAUUAGUUGUUCACAUUGAUGAUGUGAGGGAGCUACGAAACAACGAUGUACUAGUUCAUAGUCUCGGUGGAGAUAAACAAGUGGUCAAGAUGUACGCCGAUAUUGAAGCAGCAGCAGUUAACCUUUACAUGUUUAACAAUCUCAGGAGUGGGAUUGAGAAGCAUUGCAGUAACAAGUACAAAACAGGGUGGGCAGAGGUAUUUGACGUCUAUUUUAGCAGUCCAUGGAAGACGAUAGCCUCAUUAGCUGCUGUUUCCAUACUGUUAAUUACCGCCCUGCAGACUUACUUCACAAUCAAUCCUCUCCCAAAACCCGCCUCAAAUUGACACCCAUCACAAGUACUGGCAAAUAAAACACAUAUGUUAUUAGCAGAUCAAAC